AAAAUUAAAAACAGCGAUUUUUAAUUAUCCUAUUCCCUCCCUCUUUUGUGUCUCUUUCUUUCUCUUUCUCUCUCUCUUUCCCCGUUAGGUUCUUCACAUAUCUUGGCGAACAGCGUCGUUCAUCAUCUUCACACGAAACUCUCCAUCUCUCUCUCUCUGCUCUGCAGCAAUCUCCUCUUCCCUUCGUCCUUCUUUCUGGUUUCGCUGCGCUUUCUGCAGAAGCAAAGCGGACAAAGUCGUGGUCUUCUCCUUCUUCCUCCUCCUCCUCCUCCUCCUCUUCUUCUGCUUCUGCUUCUUCCGGCGAGUGCUCGUUCCGCCGCUCCACGAUCCUCCCGGCUCGUUUCGCGAUAGCUUCCUGUUUUUCGACAUUCUCUCUCUGCUCUGCGCGUUCGUCUCUCUCUCUCUCUCUGUCUACGUGCUUUGUCGUUCGUUGCCUUUGUCUUCAAGCAAUGUGAGAACCGCUCAUCGGCGUUGAGUUUCUGGACGCGCCUGGAGGAUUGCUUGUGCUGGGGAGGCGAUCGGAGCUGGCGGCUCCAGGUUCAAUUUCCCGGCGUGUCGUUUUUUUGCUUUCUCGGCUUCUUAAAAAAUCCGCGCGGUUAGAUCUGCUUCGGCGCGCGCGCUGGUUCUGGUUUUUGAUGGUGAGGUCGUUUGAUUGCGGGAUUUCGGAUUUGAUUGUAGCGGCGAGCGUGAUGCGGCGUUGAGAUAGUGGAAGCGAAGAGGGCUUAGCUUGUUUUUUUUCACCUCCGGUGGUGAACAUGAAGAGGUCUAGGGAUGAUGUUUACAUGGGCUCUCAACUGAAGAGGCCUGUGGUCUCUUCUCGCGGAGAGAACUCUGGGCAAGCCCAGGUCAUGGGAAGUGGAAGUGCACAAAAGCUGACUACAAAUGAUGCCUUGGCAUACCUUAAAGCAGUGAAAGACAUUUUUGAGCACAAUAGAGAGAAGUACGAUGACUUCCUUGAAGUUAUGAAAGAUUUUAAGGCUCAGAGAAUCGACACUGUGGGUGUCAUAGCAAGGGUCAAAGAGUUAUUUAAGGGAUAUAGGCAACUGAUUUUAGGUUUCAAUACUUUCCUGCCUAAGGGAUUUGAGAUAACUCUUCCUCCUGAAGAUGAGCAAGAGCAAGAGCAACCACCUCCACAAAAGAAGCCUGUUGAAUUUGAAGAAGCUAUUAACUUUGUGAACAAGAUUAAGACAAGGUUUCAAGGGGACGAUCGUGUUUACAAGUCGUUUUUAGACAUUUUGAAUAUGUAUAGAAAGGAAAAUAAGUCCAUUACUGAGGUCUAUCAGGAGGUUGCCACACUUUUUAAAGACCACGCUGACCUCCUUGAGGAGUUCACACACUUUCUACCUGAUACUUCCUCUGCAGCGUCUAAUAUGUAUCCUCAAUCUGGAAGGAACUCUUUGCUCCGUGAUAGGAGCUCCACCAUGCUGUCCAUGCGGCAAAUGCACAUUGACAAGAAGGAGAGGAUAUCUGCUUCGCAUGCUGAUCAUGAUCACAGUGUAGACCGACCUGAUUUAGACCAUGACAGAGCUUUGCUGAAAGCAGAAAAGGAGCAGAGAAGGCGUGGGGAAAGAGAAAAGGAUAGAAGAGACGAUAGAGAUAGGAGAGAACGGGGGCAUGAUGAGAGAGAAUUUGAACAUGAUAGCACUAGGGACAUCAACCUGCAGCAGUUUUCCAACAAACGGAGAGCAUUUCACUUGGCUGCUGAUCAAUUGCAUCAAGAUGGCGAAGUAGAAGAGAACUUCAGUACACUUCCCAGUUCAUCCUCAUAUGAUGAUAAAAGCACUGUUAAAAAUAUCUAUAGCAAAGAAUUUGCUUUCUUCGAUAAAGUAAAGGAAAAGUUACGAAAUCCCGAGGAUCACCAGGAAUUUUUGAGGUGCCUUCAUAUUUUCAGUGAGGGGAUAAUUUCACGGCUAGAAUUGCAAACACUGGCGAGUGAUCUACUUGGCAAAUAUCCGGAACUUAUGGAUGGGUUAAAUGAAUUUUUGGCACAUUGUGACAAGAAUGAAGGGUUUCUUGCUGAUUUCAUGAGCAAGAGACACCUGCCCAGAUCGGUGAAGUCCGAGGAAAGAGAUAGAGACCGAGAUCGUGAGAAGGAUGGAGGAGUUAAGGAUAAGGAUCGUGAAACACGUGAAAGGGAUAGGCUUGAUAGGUCCAGAGAUGCUCACAAGACGUCCUUGUUUUCAAGCAAGGAUAAGUAUAUGGCUAAACCAAUUAACGAACUUGACCUCUCUAACUGUGAGCGCUGCACUCCCAGUUAUCGCCUACUGCCUAAGAAUUAUCCUAUUCCCUCCGUGAGCGAUAGAACAGAGCUUGGUGUUGAAGUGUUGAAUGACUAUUGGGUGUCUGUAACUUCUGGAAGUGAGGACUACUCAUUCAAACACAUGCGCAAAAACCAAUAUGAAGAAAGCCUGUUUCGUUGUGAAGAUGACAGGUUUGAAUUGGACAUGUUGUUGGAGUCUGUGAAUGUAACUACUAAGCGUGUUGAAGAACUGCUAGAGAAGAUUAAUAAUAACACGAUCAAACAGGACAGCCCAGUUCGUAUUGAGGAGCACUUUACAGCUCUUAAUUUGAGAUGCGUUGAGCGCUUGUAUGGUGACCAUGGGCUUGAUGUGAUGGAUGUACUAAGGAAGAAUGCUCUUCUUGCUCUGCCUGUAAUAAUAACUCGUUUGAAGCAGAAGCAAGAAGAGUGGGCAAGAUGUCGUUCGGAUUUCAAUAAAGUUUGGGCUGAAAUUUAUGCCAAGAACUAUCACAAAUCACUUGAUCAUCGCAGUUUCUACUUUAAGCAGCAGGAUACCAAAAGUUUGAGCACAAAAGCCCUGUUGGCUGAGAUAAAAGAAAUUAAUGAGAAAAAACGUAACGAAGAUGAUAUACUUCUGGCCAUUGCUGCUGGAAAUCGACGAAGCGUUGCUCCAGAUUUAGAAUUUGAGUUCCCAGAUCCUGACAUUCAUGAAGAUUUGUACACGAUUAUCAAAUUUUCCUGUGGAGAAGUUUGUACAACUGAGCAAGUGGAUAAAGUUUUGAAGAUUUGGACCACUUUUUUGGAACCAAUGUUGGGUGUUCGUUCCCGGCCUCAGGGUGUCGAAGACACAGAAGAUGGGGUAAAGGCUAAAAGACAAGCUGGCAGAAGUGGUACUGCCAAUGGUGGCCACGAUGACAGUGUUCUGGAUGGUAGUGCCACUGUCCUGAACAGAAGACAGGUUAAUCCUCUAAAAAAUGGGGAUGAUGUAAUUCCACCAGAACCAUCAAUUACUUGCAGGGCAUUGGAUAAUGGAGAUGGCAGGGAUGCCGAAGUCCCUUCACUUGGUGUGGAUCAUGUUGCUUGUAGAACUUCUGAACAAGGAAAAAUACAUGAUAUUGCAUCUCUAGCUGAUGAAAUGUCGGGUGUCAGUAGACCAGUCAACUCAAAUGAAAGAUUGGCGGGGGUGGAGCAAAGUAAGGGGAAAUCUGGCAUUGAGAAUACACCAGGGCUAAAUGCUGCUCCUUCUAGACCGGGUACUGUUGCUGCAGAGACUGCUGUUGAUAUGCGAUCAAGUAAUGAUAACUUACAUUCAUCGGAGGGUGAUGACUGUACGCGGGCCAAUCUGUCUGCCAAUGGUGUGGUGAAGGAUACCAGCAGCAUUCAUAGAUACCAUGAAGAAUCAGUUGGGCACUUGAAAGUUGAAAGAGAAGAGGGUGAAUUAUCUCCUAAUGGGGAUUUUGAGGAGGAUAAUUUUGCCGCUUAUGGGGAAGCUACUUUAGAAGCUGUACAUAAAGUGAAGGAUGGUGCGACCAGUAGGCAAUACCAAACCAGAAACGGAGAAGUUAUUAGCUGUCCUGAGGUGGCGGCAGAAAAUGAUGAGGAUGCAGAUGAUGAAGGCGAGGAAAGUGCACAGAGGUCAUCAGAGGACAGUGAUAAUGCUUCUGAGAAUGGGGAGGUCUCAGGCAGUGAUGAAUGCUCUCGUGAAGAGCAUGAAGAAGAUGGCGAUCAUGAUGAACAUGACAACAGGGCAGAGAGUGAAGGUGAGGCUGAAGGGGUGGCGGAUGCUCAUGAUCCUGAAGGAGAAGGAAUUAUAUUACCAGGUUCAGAACGUUUCCUGCAAACAGUGAAGCCUAUGGUGAAGCAUGUACCGAUGGCUUUGCGUGAAAAAGAAGGGGAUUCUCGGAUUUUCUAUGGAAAUGAUUCCUUUUAUGUUCUUUUUAGGCUUCAUCAAACAUUGUACGAGCGAAUACAAUCAGCAAAAAUCAAUUCAUCAUCUGCUGAGAAGAAAUGGAGGGCUUCAAGUGACACUUGUCCUACUGAUUGCUAUGCCAGGUUUAUGAGUGCUCUCUACAACUUGCUUGAUGGUUCUUCGGAUAAUACAAAAUUUGAGGAUGACUGCCGAGCUAUUAUUGGAACUCAGUCCUACGUUCUGUUCACUUUAGACAAGUUGAUAUACAAGGUAGUUAAACAGCUUCAAACCAUUGCGACUGAUGAGAUGGACAACAAGCUGCUCCAACUAUAUUCGUAUGAAAAAUCCAGAAAACGUGGAAGAUUUGUCGAUAUUAUUUAUCACGAAAAUGCACGCUUUCUCCUUCACGACGAGAACAUAUACCGCGUUGAAUGUUCAACGGCGCAUUUGUCGAUACAACUUAUGGAUAAUGGACAUGAUAAACCUGAAGUGACUCCAGUGUCCAUGGAUCCUAAUUUUGCGACGUAUCUGCAAACUGACUUUCUCUCUAUUGUUCCUGAUAAAAAGGAGAAAUUUGGGAUUUUCUUGAAGAGAAACAAACGGAAAUCUGUGCAUGAUGAUGACAGUCAUGCUCUGGAAGGAGUUAAAGUCAUCAAUGGUUUGGAGUGUAAGAUUGCUUGCACUUCAUCGAAGGUGUCAUAUGUUUUGGAUACGGAAGAUUUUUUGUUCCGCACAAAAAGGAAAAGGAAAGCUUCCAUUAGAAAGAACUCGUGUCAGGACCAGAUGAAGUCCGAGAAUGGUGAUUCAAUUAGAAUACAGAGGUUUCAUAGAUUGCUCUGCGGCUCAUAGUUGGACGUGAUGUCACUGUCUCUCCAAUUAGAAUCAUUCCGCGAGCAUUGAGUACACGGGAGCCAUACAAACUUAUUGAUGGUGCCACGUUGGGAAAUCCUUUCGUGGGAAUUGUAAGAUUUUCAGGUUUUUUAUCUUUCACUCAGACGGGUCAUUUUACUGUCUCGCCAACAGAAUAAGGGAUCGAGAGGAAAGGGCAAACCUUGUUCAGAAUUUGUAGAGUAGCAUAAUCUCGUGGGGGGGUUUUGAUCCACCAUUGUGUAAAUAAUGUCAUAUUGUGAUGUAAAAUUGAGAUACUCGGUUCUUUUCAUUCAUCAACUAUGCUUGGUUAGACAUCAUUUUGUCACUAAGCUAAUGAAGGAUCUUGCAGUUAUUUGACC